AUGAAUCCAACAAAUAAUUCCAUUGAAGAAAGCAAUUAUCCCAAUGAUCCCAUUAUUAAAUACACCAACAAAGGUUCAGUCAGUAGUAAUUUCAUUUAUGAAAUCAAAACAACAUUUGUAAAAAAUACCAUAACAUGCUCAAUUAAUUAUAAUGAAAAUAAUGAUCCUGUUUAUCAAAUUGAUUGGGUUGAUGAUGUUAAUAAAUUUAAUGUAAUUUCUAUAAAAUCAGCAACAGAAGCUGUUGAUUUAUUUUUGAAAGAUUAUCGUGAACAAAACCCUCCUAAAGAAAAACAUAUCAGAAAAAAAAUUGAUUCUUUUGAUAAUUUAUCAACUUCAACUCAGAGAUCAAGGGUUAUAUCAAUGGGCCAAAGUAUACUGCAGACAUUUGAAAAUAGUAAAUCAUCUGCUUUAAAUAUUAAUAAAAACUUGGAACAAGCAACAUUGGUCAAAACAACAUUUGAAACAAAUGGCACUCAAUAUGAACUUACUUAUGAUAAAAAAAAUUCAAAUGCUGAAGAAGAAGCUAUUGUCAAAGUAUUAGAUGAACAUAAUAUUGAAGAAGAAAUAAGUGAAAAUAUACUAGUAGCAGAAGAAUCACGUGGAAAUGGAGUUUGA